GUGGGCAGAGGGGCGGGGGUUGGGAAGAUGGCGGCUCCCAGCCUCCUCAACUGGAGGCGGGUUUCCUCCUUCACGGGGCCGGUCCCCCGCGCCCGGCACGGACACAGGGCCGUGGCCAUCCGGGAGCUGAUGAUCAUCUUUGGAGGCGGUAACGAGGGCAUCGCGGACGAACUGCACGUCUACAACACAGUUACAAAUCAGUGGUUCCUACCAGCUGUUAGAGGAGACAUCCCUCCAGGCUGUGCUGCCCAUGGAUUUGUUUGUGAUGGAACCAGGAUAUUAGUGUUUGGGGGAAUGGUUGAAUAUGGAAGAUACAGCAGUGAGUUAUAUGAGUUACAAGCAAGUCGUUGGUUAUGGAAAAAAGUGAAACCUCACCCCCCUUCUUCUGGUUUACCUCCCUGUCCUAGGCUUGGACACAGCUUCUCUUUAUAUGGUAACAAAUGCUAUUUGUUUGGUGGUCUGGCAAAUGAAAGUGAAGAUUCAAACAAUAAUGUUCCCAGAUAUUUAAAUGACUUCUAUGAGUUGGAGUUACAGCAUGGCUCUGGUGUUGUGGGCUGGAGCAUCCCACUAACUAAAGGAAUCAUGCCUUCUCCAAGGGAAUCCCAUACAGCUAUUAUAUAUUGCAAAAAAGACUCUGGAAGUCCUAAAAUGUAUGUUUUUGGCGGGAUGUGUGGUGCACGCCUGGAUGACCUGUGGCAGCUUGACUUAGAAACUAUGUCAUGGUCAAAACCAGAAACUAAAGGGACAGUACCUCUUCCACGAAGCCUUCACACAGCCAGUGUUAUAGGAAACAAGAUGUACAUUUUUGGUGGCUGGGUUCCACAUAAAGGAGAAAAUAUUGAGACUUCAUCCCAUGAUUGUGAAUGGAGGUGUACCAGUUCAUUUUCUUAUUUAAAUCUGGAUACAGCAGAGUGGAUCACUCUGGUAUCAGACUCUCAGGAAGAUAAAAAAAAUUCAAGACCAAGGCCAAGAGCUGGACACUGUGCUGUUGCAAUUGGCACUCGAUUGUAUUUUUGGAGUGGAAGAGAUGGCUACAAAAAAGCACUGAAUAGUCAAGUUUGCUGCAAGGAUCUUUGGUAUCUUGAUACUGAGAAACCUCCGGCACCAUCACAAGUACAACUCAUCAAAGCUACUACCAACUCUUUUCAUGUAAAGUGGGAUGAAGUACCUACAGUUGAGGGCUAUCUCUUACAAUUAAAUACAGACUUGCCAUAUCAGACUGCAGCACCAGAUUCUUCAGCAGCACCAAAUAUGCAAGGAAUUAGGGUGGAUUCCCCCAGACAAGGCAGUAAUAGCACCAAUUCUAACAGUAUCAGUGAUACGGUAAACAGUGCAAAAACUGAACAUACAGCUAUGAAAGGAACUUCAGUGAAAAACAAGCCAGAUCCCAAAGCAUCAAUUGGUCCUAAUGCCAUUGUACAUUCAUCUUUGGCUACUAAUGCUUCCAAUCAUAACAGCUGUGUGGUGGAUGUACUAAGGAGAAAUGAAGGUCCUCACACUUCAGCAGAUAUAGGUGUCCUAAGUAGUUGCCUGGACAUAAGAACAGUAACCCCCGAAACUUCUGUAUCCAGAACUCUUUCCAGCACACAAACUAUGGUAACCCAGCAGACCAUUAAAACUGAAUCAUCCAGUACAAAUGGGGCAGUUGUUAAAGAUGAAACUUCACUAACAACAUUCAGUACCAAAUCUGAAGUUGAUGAAACAUGUGCACUGCCUGCAACUAAGAUCAGCCGUGUGGAAACACAUGCAGCAGGGGUGCCAUUUUCAAAAGAGAUUCCCUCAAAUCCAGCGGCCACAAUGAAAUUGGGAGAACGACAGUGGUGUGAUGUAGGAAUUUUUAAAAACAAUACUGCUUUGGUGAGCCAGUUUUAUUUGCUGCCGAAAGGGAAGCAGAGCAUCUCAAAGGUAGGAAAUGCAGAUGUGCCUGACUACAGCUUACUGAAGAAACAAGACCUUGUUCCGGGCACAGGAUACAGAUUCAGGGUUGCUGCCAUCAAUGGCUGUGGAAUAGGCCCUUUCAGCAAAAUUAGUGAAUUUAAAACUUGUAUUCCUGGAUUUCCUGGAGCGCCUUCUGCAGUCAAAAUUUCAAAGAAUGUUGAUGGUAUCCACCUUUCUUGGGAACCUCCUACUUCACCUUCUGAAAAUAUUUUGGAAUAUUCAGCCUACUUGGCUAUCCGCACAGCACAAAUACAAGAUAAUCCAAGUCAACUUGUGUUUAUGCGGAUUUAUUGUGGACUUAAGACAUCAUGUAUAGUAACUGCUGGGCAACUUGCAAAUGCACAUAUUGAUCAUACAUCCAGGCCUGCCAUUGUGUUCCGAAUAUCAGCAAAGAAUGAAAAGGGAUAUGGACCAGCAACACAAGUCCGAUGGCUGCAAGGUAACAAUAAGAGAGCACCUUUGAAUUGAUUUUUUUCUUUUCUUUUUUUUUUUUUUUAACUAAAGCUAUUGUGAUGAUGAUUAUUUAUUAGUAACUGGUUAUGGAGAUUUAUCAUUUUAAAAAGAGUAUUCUGUGUAUUUCUAGCACUUAUGAAUUUGAGUUUGUAACAUGUUCUUAAAAUGUAUUUGCUCAAUUCUAGAUCCAAAAUAAAAACAAAAGAAGCAAAGACUCUCUGAAAAUCAGUAUAUGCAUUCUUCCUUACAGUUAUAGCUUUUAUUUAAAAAAAAAAAAAAAAAAAAACCCCCAGUAAAAUUAAGUUAAAAGCGAGAAGGCCUUUUUGCCCCAAUACCUUUUAUAAAGGCCUUGUAACUCAGUCAUCCUAGAGUUAUUGAGAUUAUUCUAGUACCUGACUGUUGUAUACUGUGCGAUUUUAUAGUUUUAUGUUCUCUCCAGUUGUAAGUGCCCUGUCUUUACGUACUCCUUUUACUUUAUUGAGAAUAAGCAGUGACCCUCUAACAACCGUCUUCUAUGUAUAUUUGUUAUACUGGUUUAGUAGCCAUUUGAUUCCAUUCUUUAUCUACAGUUAGGACAGGGCUAAGAAAAAAAAAUUUUUUUUUGCAAGUUCAGAAACUCUGCUUUUAUAUUAUUUUCUAGGAAUCAUGGUGAAACACAAACAGAAUAAUGGGCAUUCUUAAUUCUUACUAGAUUGAUAUAUUAAAAUGUAUUUUUGGCCAAAGCACCUAACUUACCUAGCCCUCAUUUUCCUUAGUAUGAGGGAGUUAAAAUAACUUACCUUUAAGGUCCCUUUAGCACUGAAAUUCUAUACUUUCAUUAGAAGUAUAACUCUGGGCAUUUUAAACAUCUGUCUUAAUGGCUCUGAUUUGGCUUUUGCCAAAAUUAAAACAUUCAUUAUUUAAAAUUCAAAAUUGAAGUAAAUGUCCUCUUAUUGCAGAAAGAAAGAAGCACCUUAACAGGACACAAAUCUUAAAGUAGUGUUUUAAACAUUUGUAAGAUUUUUGUAAAUGCUCUAAAUGUUUUAUUUUUGCAUUGUUUUUUUACCUCAAAAUUGUAUAACUUUUUUACAACUGAAAUAUAGCAUUAGACAGCUUACUCAGGUUCUGUUACAACCUUAAAGAUGCAGGCAGAUUCUGUGUGUCCUCUACUCCAGGGAGCUUGUUCUGUGUCUUUUAGAAAUGUCAUGGUCUCACUGCCGAUUCACAUCUGGAACGAAUAUCCAGAGCAAUAACUGCAGAAGAGAAAUUUCAAACUAAGCUGCAAUAACCACAGGGGCACAGGUCUCUCUUUUUGUACCAUGUAACCCUCUGCCAAUUUAGGUUCACUGAGUAGCUAUGUCCUCAAGCUUCAUGUAUAAUACCCCUAGCAAAGAUGGACUUACUUGUGCAGAAUUGAUAUAUAUGUAUGUUCCAGUUACUAAUUUAAAGUGUAUAGAAUAUUUUAAUAUAUAAUUUUGUAAAGAAUUGGGAUUUUUAUACUACAGUAUUUGUAAUUAAUGUGUCUCACUAAUUAAGUUUUUCUUGAAGAAAAUAUGCAAACUGUUAGACACAUAAUGACUGAUUCCAAACGCAAAAGGUAAAAAUAAAUGCACUUACUAUGGUGUUGUUAGAAUAAAUUCUUUUGUGGCUGUAUGAAUCAUUAACCUUUAAAUGUGUACUUUACGACCAAUGUUUACAAGGAGCUUCUCUGGUUUGUUAUCCCAGCAUCUCCCUGGAUGAGAGCUUUAUUCUGCAUUUGUUUAACUCAUAUGCUUUGCUUUUGGCAUAUGCUUGCUUUUUGCACUAGUAGAAUCUUAACUUACCUCAUUAUUAUGUUUGUAAUCAUUUGUAUAGCUUCCAUAAUAUGUCUGAUAUAGGCUAAACAAAUACUUAACCAAAGUCAAAUUAAAAUAAAUGGUAAGCAGUUUUGCACAUAUUAAAUGCUA